CUCGGGUACUCGAAUGCUCGGCUCCCUUCGGUUACCAUCGGCUGCUGUCGCUGCCGCUGCUCGGUUGGCGGACUCGCGUCCAUUCUCGUGCUCAUCGUCGUCGCUGCUGGCCGCACACAUCCUCGGAUCGAAUCGAGUCGAGUACUGCGAGUCCUGUGAGUCCUGCGAGUCCUCAGCCUCUGCGAGCCAGGAUUCACUGCUCUUUGGGCAGCAACGCGACAACAAGUUGAACUCGGCUCGAGCGAAGCUACCACCGACCAUCAUCAACUGGCGCUAAUCCGUCGCUAUAAACACGACAGUCGAAAAUACAUAUAAUCAAAUCCGAUCAUUUCGAUCAAUUCGAAUCGAGUGAAUUUCCAAUUUCCAGCUUUAAUGCAAUCGAACCGAACGCAAAGCAAAGCGGAGCGAUAAUAAAUAAAUAAAACGUAAAACUCAGCGGAAAGUAAUAAAAUAAGAGCGGACACGUCCCACGAAAACCCGGAGGAGGAAGCCAAAGUGUCAACAAGGACACUUCAAAGGACAGCGAACACCGGAGAGGAGGAGCAGCGGAGUUGGAAGCAGAUUGUCUACACCCCGAAGACAGUCAGUAGCGAAUUGCCCGCUGGCGAGCAAUUGAGCAAUUUUGCAAAAUGGAUGCGCUACGCUUCCGUGGUUCACCAUUCGCCCGCUUCACGGGCCAGUCGACUGGACCGGGUCAUCCGCGUCCACCGCCACACCCACAGCAUCCGCAACGCACACAGCCGAUGGGAGCACAUGGCAUCAGUGCACCCGAACCGCUGAUCGUGGUCGAGGAGUCCAAUCUGCCGGAGGAGCAGGAGGACAGCUCGGAGCCGACGGUCUCGAAUCGCGGCAGCCUGGACAUCGACUCGCCCGUGAAUCCGUAUCUGCUCUCGCCAUGGCGUGAUCCUCGCGAGGCACGCAAGCAUUCCCUGCCCUCGCAGCAGGUGACCGACGGCAUCACGGCCAGCCAGGUGCGCCGGCUCUCGGAGCGAGGUGGCGAGGGAUCGGGGCCCACACCCAAGGAGGCCGCCUUUCUGGCCACACUGUCGCAGGCUCCGGCGCCCACCGGACGUCGCCACUCGGUGGUGACCAUCUCCAAGGUGCCCACCACUCUCUUUGGGCGCUCACGUCGCGAAUCCGUGGCCGCGUAUCCCAACAGCAAUGGGAGCAGUCGGGUGCUGAAUUCCCGGCGGGAGAGCAACACAGGACCCCCAUCGACAGACCCCAUCGGCAGCAUACACAAUCUGCAGCUGGACAUCAUGGACGACAUCUACUUGCAGUCGCGCAAGGCGCGCUUGAAGCUCUGGACCUCAUCCAACGAGAAGGUGUGCGAGGUGCAGACCGUCGACGAGGCCGGCUCCGGCCAGCCGGGCCGACGAUUCACCAACCGUCGCUACUCGGAAUGCCCACAGCCAGGAUUGGCCAGCUCCUUUCGCCGCGCCUCCGAGCUGCCGCCGUCGCAGCCGCUGCAUCAGCAGCAGCAUCAGCAGCAGCAGCAGCAGCAGCAGCAGAACUCGGCUCGUGCCUCAACGCGUCGCAAGAAGUCGGGCAGUGGAACUGGACUCCUGGGCAGUCGUACGGACAUCGCCGGCAUAUUUAGCUCGUUGACCAGCUCGGCCAUGGACAUGCACCGGCCGGAACCGGAAGGUCGGGAUGGCAGCUCAAGUGCCAGCUCAUCGGCAACGGCCACGGCCAGCAGCCCGUUUCUCAGCCAAACCUUUCAGGCGGCCGCUCGUGGGCGUGCCACCAGUGCCACGCCCACACCGACGACACACAGCGGAUCACUGGCAGUUGGCGGCGGCGGAGGUGGCGGCGGCGGUGGAGCAUCGGGAACCACUGGCGGACUACUGGAUCCAAAUGCCGGUAGGUCGACGCGAUCCAACAGCUUCGAUGUGUCGCUGCUGAACAACGCCAAGCAGCUGGUGAGCGAUGUCCAGGACAAUAGUUCGGCCACCCUGUCCGGUUGGUUUGCCAAGCGGCACACGCCCUUGGCGCGCAAGAAGAGUGUCCGCAGCAAGAGUUCGGCGGUGGCGCUGUCCAAGGAUGUGCUGGAGCGGCUGCAGAAGAAGGAUCCGCUGGGUGGUGACUCUGGCAAGCCGAAACUUAAGCCACGCAGCAAGCAAAAGACCUGGGCGGAGUCCACCAAGGCGACGGUGGAUGCCACCAUACUGGGCACGGCCAUCGAGGGUUUCCUGCGCAAGAGCUCCAACGCCAGCAUGGGCGGCUCGGGAGCGGGCUCAUCAUCUGGCGGCGGUGCCUCCACAUCGGCAGCGGCACGCGGUGCCACGUCCAAGGCGAGCAAGGAUUCGGGCAGCGCCAGUGGCAGUCCAGCCCGUCGCAGUCGACCCUCCGCCAGCAGCUCUGCUCAAUCGCAGGCCGGCCGGGCAGUCCGCUCCACGCUCAAUUGGUUUGGAAAGGCCGACGAGGAUGACUCCAAGGACACGUGCGACGCCUCGCUCUGCGCCACGCUCAAGGACCUCUUUGUCAAAUAGGUCGGGGGGCGCAGAGGCAAGUAAAGCCAUGGGCCAAGUCCCGGCUAGAGCAGCACACCGCCAGCUACUUGCACCUCUGAGAUCCAAAAAUCCUUAUCGAAAUCCGAAAUCCGAAAACAAAACAAAUCGAACGAAGUUGAAGUUCAAGUUGAAUGCUUAAACAACCGAGUGAACAAUAAGCGCAGCAAACAGUAAUCCCCAUUAAAUUCAUCAUAUAACAACAGAGCAGCAGCAGAGGCUUAAUGGCAGAUUAAAAGCAUAGCAACGUCUGCCUUUCGUGCGGAAAGGAGAUGCACAUACAUAGUUCACCAAAAUCAAUUAUAUAAUCAGCAUAUAAACAGCAGCACUUACAUAACUCACAAGCAAAAACAAUAAUAAUAAUUGAUAGCACAGGCUUCACACAAAACACGUCCAUUCCAUAGAAUGAAACACCAUAGAAUGAAAGGCACAGACACAGUAAGAUACAAGAUACAAGAUACAAGAUACAAGAUACAAGAUACAAGAUGCAAGAUACAAGAUACAAGAUACAAGAUACAAGAUACAAGAUACAAGAUACAGUAAGGUGAAUGAGAAAUUAGAACUACAAAGCAACCGGUAUACCUGGAAUUGGAACAAUAACACUGAAGAAGCUAUCGAUACCUGAAGAAUAAUCAGGUUUGAUGUACAUCAGUACGUACACGAGCAGCAAAUGAAGGAUCAAAUGGAGGAAAUAGAACUUAACAGCAAUACACAGUGAACUACUGCGCCUACAAACAAACAUACACCUUUAAAAUACUAAAAACCCCCAAUCCUAACCAGAACGGAGAACGGAGAACCGCAACGAAGCACCGAUAACCGAUAGCACUGAAAUCCGAUUAACGGUGAACAAUAAGAGUACAAGAGAGCAACUUUUAACGGUACAAGUAACUUUACGCAUAACGGUAAUGGUAAGUGAGCAGACAAAGACGAAGACGAAGGCGAAACGAUAAGCGAUAGACAGUGAUCGAUAGGCAGAUAGUUAAGCGAUAACCGAUAGAGUUUAAGGCAACGCUGCAGGGGAGUCAGGGAAGUGGAAUCAGACAUCAGGAAUCGGUGGACACAACACCUCAUCCCAUUAUACCUCUUAUAGCUAAAGAUACAGAUUAAAGAUACAGAUAAAUAAUAUAUAUACGUAUAUAUUCUCAUACAUUUGCAUACCAUUUGUAAUCGACGAGGGGGACGAGAAGGAGUACAAAACUCGGGGAAAUUCGGAGGGCAGAGAAUAUACACAUAUUUUUCUACGUGCAGAGCAAUUUAAGCGGGUCCUUUCUAGUAAAGGAGUAAAGCCCGGAAAAAUGAAGAAAAUCAGUACUUGUUGAUGCAUUGCCAAUGCGGCAAUGGAACCACCUACAUGUAUAUCUACAUACAUACAUAUAUGGAGUGUGCGUGUGUGUGAGUGUUUUUUUUUUUUGGUGGCCAUGCAUGUUCAUGCAUGCACAUCGGAGAAGUACACAGACAUAUUGAAUGUAUUUAUGAGGCAAAACCGUAACCGUGGCAGAUGCACAAAUCGGAUUCAAACAAUCGGGUGAAUCAGGGCAAAAGCUGAUGCCCCAGCAACACACACGGUUGCCACAACCAUAUCACAAUAAGCAUACAUAUGAACAUAUGAACAUAUGAACACAAUGAAAUCAGCACGACUACGUGCUACGUAUAAACACGUUACAAUAUACGAAUAUACAUGCAUAUUUAUCUACGGAGAAUUAGAAGUAAAUGUCUACAGACUCAAGAGUUUUAAUCAAUGUAAACCACACAAAAAACGUAAUUUGUAUGUACAAUCUGAGCUUACUCGAGGCAAAAAUCAGAAAUUACAAUUCGCAAAACGCAAAAUCGCAAAUCACAACACAAACAGCAAAUGCCAAACUAAAUCGAGUCGGUUCGAGUUGAAUUGAAUUGAAUUGAAAAUCGAAUAUAAAUUAAUGUUCGCGUUGAAUAUUUAAUGUUAAACGUAAAAUAAUACGCAGGCAACAGCAGCAGCAGCAGCAGCAGAAAAGCUGAAAAGCUGAAAAGCUGAAAAGUGCCAGUUGGGGGAGGAAGUUUCCCAGGAAGAAGUUUGAAAAUCAAUUAACGAAGAAACUCAAAUUGGAAAUUCGCAAUUGCAGUAUUGGCAAACGGUGGAGUGUGGAAAAGCCAAAGAGAAAGAGAGAGGCAGGUAUAGAGAUAGCGAUAGCGAUAGAGUAAAAUAGGACAAACAAACAAACAAACCAACAAACAAACAAUCAGUCAAUAUUGCAAUCAAUCAAGUGUGCUUCUAUAUGCGGCAUUUGGCUUUGUCAAUUUGUCAAUUUGAUCAAGAGGCAGCAGCAGCCAAGGGGCGUUGAUGAUGGGCAGUUGGAUGGGCAGGAGAUUGGAGGAGACUGCAAUGUAGUGGCGAAACUACUCAAUAUAACAUACACGAAAUAUAUAUGUAUUAUCCAUCUAUCCAAAUUGUAUCUCAAUGUGCCCGACAAAUGUGUUUUUAGACUUCGAUUUCCAUGUGCGUGUCUCAAGGAGGUAACCCAAAGUUAACUUUCACUUUCAGUGUGUUAUAUAGUGCUUAAGAGCGGCAGAUUUACCUAAAUACUGAUCUAUAUCUCUAUAUACAAUACCUACACGUAAAGAUACAAAUAUAUAUAUAUAUAUACCGUAUAUACCGUAUAUUUCAACUAUUUACAAGUGCGAUCCUUCUUGGUCGCAGCUAACUAAAGUUGUCCACCUUUUUGCUCAUCAUCCUAACUGUUGUUCUAUAUCGUUGCUAUUACCGAUCUACACUAUGUAACAAUAAAUGUGUACAAAAAACGGGCAAAAAAUUGGGGGGCAAAUCGGGGGGGAGAAGGGACGAGAAGGGCAUCUGAGGAGUAUCUGAGUAUCUCCAUCUGCAGAUGCCGCGUAGCAGGCCAAAGAAACUCUCAAGUUAUAUUUGUCCUAUUUUUGAUAGUUGUAUAUAUAUAUACUACAUACAUGCAUAUACAUAUACAUAUGUAAUGCAUAUACAAUACGUGUAUACCAUACAUACACGAAUACCUAUAUGGAUGCAAUUUUUUUCGAUUGUUUUAGCAUUGAAUGUGCAUAGAUUUAUGACUACAAACAUAUUCGUAUAUACAUAUGUACUAUGUGAACCCUAUCAAGAUAAUAAUGCUUCCGAGGAAUAUAUAUGUAUGUAAACCCAUGAAUAAUCAGCGCGCGAAAUCGGAAGUUAAUGCAUACAUACAUAGAUGGAACUUAAAGCGCCGCUGAUUAUUUUCACGGGAUGUCAUUGUCAUUGUUGUUGACUUUGUUGAUGUCGUGCAAUUGUAAUUACCGUUAUUCAAUUGUUGUUAAUGUUUAUCCACAUGUCUGUUUGUGUGCGUAAGACGUAAGACUACAUACGAGCAAGCGGUUACCACCGACUACAGUACUUUAGUAGUGUUAACUGUCAACUGGCAAGUGGCAAGUGGCGCCCAACGCCAAUAAUAUUCAAUACCCACAACUCUCUUAGUGUGCGGUAUUCGGGAUCAUAGCGAUGCGAAUAUAUAUGUAUAUCCUAUGUGUGUACUUUGAUUCGAGCGAUCGAUCUAUGAUUUCGAUGUUUUUUUUUUGGGCUUUUUGCUGGGUUCCAAGCACCCAGGGGGGAAAAGUGGGCAAAACUACGCAUAAUCUAGUGAGUAAAGAGGCAAAUGGAAGGAGGAGGAGGAGCGAUGGCGGAGGUGACAUGCAUAUAUAACUAAGAUAUAUAUCUGUGUAAAUAACGGGAGGAGCAUUGGGAAUACGUUUGUACAUAAUUAUGCGUACGCUAGCAAGGGGAUAGCGAGAGAAGAUGAGUGUAUUUUUUUUUGAAGCCAAAAUCCAAAUGCAAACCGAAUGUAAAACAAUCAAUUGAUGACACAUAAUGUAAAAGAAACCAAAUUAAAUACAAUACAGCUAAUUAAAUGGCGAAUAAGAGAAUGAACGAUAAAUCGAACGGUCGGCAGGCAGUACUUAUACACAUACAUAUGUACAUCCGUAUGCAUAUCCUUAUACAUAUGUAUGUACUUGUAUGUGUGCUCCUUAUUAGCCGUGACUUUGGAGCAGGAAUCGAGUAAAUUUGAGGACGUCGUUAGAGGAUGUGCACCAGGCGAGUGUACUUUACCGCACAUA